GCCAUAUUAGUUUCGUAAUAAGCGUUUUACUAAUUCAGAUUGCAUAUUUCGUUCUCAAGGAAAACAAUUUUCCAAAAUAAAAAUGUUUGACGUUGGACAUAGAGGUGGAGGAGCUAGUAUUGUUUUAGCAACAUCAAAUGAUCAAAAACACCCUCCAGAAAACAUGAUCGACGGGAGUGAAGAAACAUUCUGGACAUCAACAGGGUUAUAUCCACAAGAAUUUAUCAUGGGAUUUGGACAUAUGAUGGACAUACAGAGGGUUAACUUGUCCAGUUAUAAUAUACGACAUAUACAGGUAGAGAAAUGUACAUCACAGGAUCCUACAUCAUUUGAGCCGCUUGUUGAUCGAGACCUUCCACAGACAGACGGACAGCUACAACAUGAAGAUAUAGAUAUUAAAACACAAGCCACCUAUCUGAGGUUUAUCAUAGAUUCUGGUUAUGAUCAUUUCUGUGCUGUUCACAAACUCAAUAUUUCUGGGAACGCCCUACAUGGAUAGUUAACUCAAUAUUAUAAUACCAUCACAGAAUAAUUGUAAAAUCUCCUCAUGUUACAUGUAUGUGAAAAUAUUAUAGCUGAUUUAUUUUACAAGUUGAUGUUCAAGUCUUCAACUUUAAGCUAUUAUAAAUGAAAUGCUUCACUUGGUUAAUUUUCAAUCCCCUCGCCAAAUGUGAAGGGGAUAUUAGAAAAAGUCUCUGUCCGUGUGUCUGUCCAAAUUUUGUCCAGGGUCUAACUUCAAAAUGCCUUGAUCAUUUUUCUUCAAAUUUCAUACACUGACACAGUGGUAGAAAGUGCACUGUGCAAGAACAAUAGUUCUACAUGAGUUAUUCGCCUUUAUAGAUUUACUUAAAAAACUUAACUUUUGUAGUAAGGGAUUUUCUUGAAACUUAAACCACUGACAUAGCACAUUGGUAGGAAGUGCACUGUGCAAGAACUGUUAAUCUAUUUUGCAUGCUUUUAGAGUUAUUCCCUUUUAUCAAAUUUACUUUUAAAGUUUUGUCCAGAGCAUAACUCCAAAAGUACAUCAGGGAUUUUUUUUCCAGUUUAAUACACUGGCAUAGCACAUUAAUAAAAGAUGCAUUGCACAAGAACAAUAAUUUAUUGAUGAUACAACAGUUGAUCACAUUCAUGUUCCUUGUGAAUAAAGAUUGUGUUUUUGAUGUCAUGUCUAUACCAUACACAGAUUAUCAGUAUGACCGUAACUAGGAUUUCCUCUCACCAAGUUAAAUGUACAAAAGUACAAACUUCAAGAAACUUCUUUCAGGCGAGGGGAUUAGCCAUAUAACAUUGUUAAUGAUAUAUUCCACUGUAUAUCAUUUAUAAAGCUAAAUUGCUUCUCAUCAGUGAGCAUUUAUAUAAUACUUGUAUUGUUGUUUUUAUUUUUAUGUACUGAAAAACUGCCAUUGAAGAAAACUUAGUAAUUUGUUUUUAUCCUAUAUUCUGAUACAUCUUUUCAAAUCUGAAAAGUAUUCUUUGUGAUUUUUUUCUAUAACUUAUUGAUGACUAGAAAGCUAUGUGUAAUUAAAUGUUAGUUAAGAAUUACAAUAAAACAAAAUAUAAACUUAAUUGAGAUAAUACUGAUUGUGUGACAACUUUUGUGUUGAACAAUGUAAUGUUGUAUUUAUUUUGACGUUGAUAUUUAUUUUAAAACAAAAUAAACCCAGACAUACUUUGUAUUAGUUAGAGGUAAGGAUAUGAACAGUUAAUUAAAUCAGUUAUUUAGAUUUUCAUAUUACUGUUGACAUGCUAAAUUAUUAUUAUCAAACUCGUGUUAACAUUCCGUCCAAAUAAAAUAUUGUAAAAAUU